GCUUCUUCCUUCUGCCUUGAGCAUUCACACGACGACGACGACGACUGAUCCACUACUACUUGCUGAGCUUUCACUCACUCAUCCUCAGCACACGAGGCUCAAUGUGAUGGAAUACGUAUAAGACGUGCAACAGAGCCUCGUCGCGAAUGUAGUCUUGCUUCUCUCGUCCAGUAAAACGAACCCAAAUUUCACUUUCUCCUCUUCCACUACAUUAGCACACAAAACCACAUUUUAUUUGUAUUUACGUCGCAGACUAGCAGUCUCACACGACGGGUGUGAGUAUGAGAUUCAGUUAGAAAGUUGGCUGGCUUGGCCCCCUCCCGAGUUGGUUGGUGUGGUGUCGGUUGUUAUUAGUCAGCCUUUCACGGACAAGUUUUUCUUCCAAGUAGGAAAGCAACUUGGUUGGUACUGGAAUUGGACUCCUGCUGGGUCCAUUUACUCUUUUGGGAAAGAAAACUGUUGCAUUUUCUCCUGUAUCAUCAUCUUACUUCUUCUUCGUAUACGCUCCGCCUUCCCACAACAUAACUCUUUUUUCCUACUCGACUCUCUCUGUUACUUGACUCCUUUGGCAGUUGCAAUUUGUUCAGGGAGAAGAAAGCAGGUUGCAAUUUGGUCUGUUAGAGGAGAAAAAGUGAAAGCAUCUUCUGCACGUAUCUAGGAUUUUAUUCUUCUUAGGCAGGGAAUCGUACAGUGUGGGCCGAGGUGACCCAUUGUACUCAUUCGAUACUUAUUUUCCAGCUUAACGACCCGCAUUGUCUUAAUAGCUUGGUAAAUUCGUCCCUAUCCACACACAAUUAAUUAAAACAGCGGUUUCAAUUGAUUUUCGAGAAAAAUUCCUCUAAAAAAUAGCAUGAUUCCAUUCGAGGAUUGUUCCUCGUGCGAAAAUAAAUUGACUUUUUCUCUGAAUGUCUGUCAUCCUCGGGUCCUCUGCGAGUAGUCACUUUCCCACCGCGAGAAGAACCACUUCUCUUCUCCACUGACAAGAAGUUAGUUCCCUUCAAGUGUCGAUUGCCGCUUUCAUUUCAAAACUGCCAACGUAAUUCUCCAUCAAAUUGAAACAAAGGGAGACACGAAACAGAAGGUUCACGUAACCAGCUUCAUUCCUAAAAAUCGGAAAAGAACUACCAUAAAACCAACACAUUUAGCAACGUGACUGCCUCCCAACUGGUGAGAUUGAGUUAAGCUGGUAAAAAAAAGUCACUUAGCACCGUCAGGCCGAGGGAAAUAUACAAAGUCGGAAGAAAAAAAGUGCGAAAAGUUAAGUAAAAUAAAUCCCUACACACAGAAAAGAAAAGUGAAAGCGAGAGACAACUCGUUCGGAGUGAAAGAAGUUUCUUUGGUCCCGCAUCGAAUCACCCCACGAACAAGUUUUAUCCCAGGCUCAACCAUUUCUUCGAGUCAAUUACGCAUUGACUUUAAUGGUCAAGAUUUCACUCGAGACUUGACUGAUUGUCCUGUACGAAUUUAAGUGAAAGUAAAAAAAAAUACGAUACGAUACGAUCGUAUCGUACAACAAGAGAGAAGAAAUUGUAUUGGAAGACUUUGACAAAAUGGGGAGAGAAUUGAAUCGUGCUGGAAUUGGGAGGUCGUCGUCAUCCUCGGUGACGGACAGCAUCAAGAAAACUGGGACGCAAAGGACGGACAGUAAGAGCAACCUCAUGGGAAAAUUCACUCAAAGUGUCCGUCGCAUCGUGCAAGAUGUACGGGAUGAAGGUGCCCCAAGUGGCCAAACGAAGGAGGAAGCGAUCAAGACGAACUUGCGCCUGCGAUCGCUGAGACGAAGGUUGGAAACGAAUUACGAGACGGCGAAACAAGCAUUGGUCAAUUUGCACAUAGAAUACGAAAAAUCAAAAGAAGUUCGAAACCCGUUCAACCGGUAUCCUCUUCUCAAAUCUAUGAUCAAGGAGGUCGUUCGCCUGGAGCAACAGUACUGGACUUUGUUGGAAGUGCCACGUCAGGAGAAGGGCGAACCGGUGCCGGCUUUCGUGCUGAGAGCGUGUUCCGCUCUGGAGAAAGUGCAGGUGAAACCGGCCGACAGGGACAAGCCAGUCGAGAGCGAGGACAAGAUCAAGGAGGAAAAGGAACGGUUAGAAGAUAUGACAUCAACCCAAAUUGAAGCGGAAAACACGCAAUUAAUUAAUGAUCUCUACCGUCUUCUGAAACGAUACAUGGGUCUCAGAAGUUUGAUAAGGGAGCUAACGGGGGAAUACGUUUCAUCAAAAUACUACCCGAUGAUACCAAGAUACAGCUUGUUGAAGGACAUGAUUAAGGAAAUUACACACAAUCCGGACUACAUGGAAGUUCGCCAUGAGCACACGAUGAUCUGCUCACAUUUGGAUGAGGACGACAAAAUUUGAUUUGUUCUCGAAGCCAGGAGCCGACGACGACGUGCACCAUCGCCCACCACAGUUCGUCCUUCGUUCAGUACUUCCACUCACUUUCCAGAACUUUGCCAAACAGCAAUUAUGCUCCUACUACAUCGCAUCAUCAAGGGAAA